CAAACAGCAGGAGCACGAGUACUGGGAGUAGGUUCGAAAGAAUCAUGUUUCUACUCAGUUACAAAAGACCCCUUUUUCAUUUAUGCACUGCUUGCUGAGUAUGCGUUAAAACAACUUGCUCUUACCACAGUACUACAUCAAGAAGACGAACUCUUUAUACAACGUCUUCUACAACCUUUCUCAGCUGAGCACUCCCGUCAAUCAAAAAAAAAUGUUGCGCAAGAGUACGCGUGAACGCAAGGAGUACCUCUUCCAGAAGGCCCUGGAGGACCGCGAAAGCGCCACGUUCGAGAAAAAGAAGCGCCUCAGAGAUGCUCUCGAACAGAACAAAGCUCUACCUACAGAGCUCCGCAACAAGUCUGGCGAUGCACUGCGGAGAAAACUGGAUUUAGAGGAUGACGUGACCAAGGAUCAACACCAGGUCUUAGAUGACGAAUACGCCUACAUGGGCGUCAGGGAUCCGAAGAUCGUUUUGACGACAGCGCGAGAGCCGUCAAGUAGGUUGAUGUCUUUUGUUAAGGAGUUGCGAUUGCUCAUGCCGAACGCACAGAGGAUAAAUCGAGGUAUUUUCUACUGAUAUUAAACUACUUGAAGUCUUUUUUUUAUAUAUACACGUUAGUGUGGCGUAUAAUAUGGUGAAGAUGACUUUUGCCUUUCUUAAGUAAGGACAAGCUUCUACUUAGUACUUCCUCAUCGAACAAAAUGAGAACCGAAAACAAUAAGAACCUGUUGUAUGAAAAUAUCCAUGUGCAGGAUCCCUAACCUAACCUAACCAAAACCUUAUUUCAGGUAGCUACGUAAUGAAAGACUUGGUUGAGAUGUCUCGCAAGAACGGCGUCUCCGACAUUGUGAUAGUCCAUGAGCAUCGUGGUGAGCCAGAUGGUUUGAUCAUUUCCCACCUUCCCUACGGCCCAACCGCCUAUUUCGGCAUGAAGAACGUAGUUUUGAGACAUGAUUUGUCCGAAAAGCCGGACAACAUGUCCGAAGCUGCGCCUCAUCUUUGCUUCCACAACUUCGACUCCAAAUUUGGCCAGCGCGUUGCCACGAUACUCAAGGCGUUGUUUCCGCCACCUGCGCCAUUAGGCAAUCGCGUGAUGACAUUCGCGAAUCACCGAGACACAAUCCACUUUCGACACUACAACUAUGGCGACAAACGAGGAUCUUCAAACAAUGGCGAAGAGGAUGGAAGCGCGUCAUCUUCUGCCACAAAGCUAGCAACGAAAAAGCGGAAACUGAUGAACAAUGCGGUAGCGAACAACAAUGGGAUGCGAGAGCAGGAUGUGGACUUGCGCGAAGUAGGACCACGAUUUUCUUUGCAACUUUAUCGUGUCGAACUGGGUACACUGGAGAUGAAAGACGCGAAGGUCGAAUGGGUCUUGCGACCAUACUUCAAUAAACAGAAAGACGUUUUAGCGGAUAGCUCAUCUUUGGGAGGCGGUGGUGCAAAAAAAUAAUAGAGCAGAACACCAAGAGCAAAUCCAAAAAAACAGAUAGAUUUAGAUGCAUUGUUUGGAAGAUUGUGAAAAUUUAAUUUUUUCUAGUCUAAGGAUGGAAAGUCGGAC